AUGCUUUUCUGCCUCUUUCAGAAAAAGUCGCUAGAGUCCAUAAACUCCCGGCUUCAGCUGGUUAUGAAAAGUGGUAAAUAUGUGCUGGGGUACAAACAGACUCUGAAAAUGAUCCGGCAGGGCAAAGCCAAGUUGGUCAUCCUAGCCAACAACUGUCCUGCUCUAAGAAAAUCAGAGAUCGAGUAUUAUGCUAUGCUUGCAAAGACUGGUGUCCAUCACUACAGUGGCAACAACAUCGAACUGGGUACAGCAUGUGGGAAGUACUACAGAGUGUGCACGCUGGCCAUCAUUGACCCUGGUGAUUCUGACAUCAUUAGAAGCAUGCCAGAACAAACCAGUGAGAAAUAAAUGCUGUAAAGGUGUUUUCUACAAUAAAACUGGUUCAAGGUCCAUUUUAAGAAAAAA